AUGGCGGGUGAUGAAAGUGACAGUGAUCUAAAACCAUCCAGUGUAGCUAUAAUAAGAGAAGUAUAUGACAGUGAAAAUGCUCAUAUUAAAUUUGAAAUGGAAUUGGAAAGAGCCCUGGAGGCUGGUGUCAGAGUAAUCGUUAUAGAACCAGAACCACUCGGAGAAGAGACAGCAAGGUGGAUCUAUGUAGGAAAUCUUCUCCAUAAAGUUUCUGUUUACAGCGGGCUGUGUAGCAUUACCUCAGGUCUAAUAUGGAACUCAUUAGCAUGUACUCCAUUUGGAAUAGUUUCAGUUCUUUGUGCUGGUUGUUAUACUUUAUCAUGGCAAUGGGAUCCUUGCUGUAAAUAUCAAGAAGAUAAAAACCGCCGACGUUUAGCAACUCUACCGGCACUAAGUGAUCUCACAUCUGCAUCACCAGUUGUCCUUGUACGCACAGACAAUAGAAGAAAAAUCUUCUUACAUAGCUCAAUAUCUGCUGCUGCAGCUGCCAUUUGUUUAUGGAGACUAUAUAACAUAUUUAAGUAA